AUGUCAACUACAUCCGUUCGCCACCCCCAACUGGGGGCGACAUUCAAUGGCGUCGUAGUAGAGUCUCACGGCGUUAAACUCAACCAAUUCAAAGGUAUCAAAUAUGGAAAUAUACCCGGACGGUUUGAGAUCGCACAGCCUGUUGCGCCAGAGAGUUUUAAUGGGAAGACGAUUGAUGCGACGAAGUUUGGACCUCGCUGCCCCCAGAUUCACAUUGACGUACGUCACUUGCUGCGCAUCCCGGAAAAUUUUGAGAUCAAAGAAGAGCCGGAAGAUGAAUUCGAAUGCCUGAAUCUCGAUAUCACGUUACCGGAGAAUGCUCCAGCAUCAGGAAAGCCGCUCCCGGUCUUGAUCUGGAUCUAUGGGGGCUCGCAAGUCGUGACUUUUUGCUCUGCGGCAUCUAAGAUCUGCGACACCACACGAAUUGUAGCAGACUCGGUCAAAGCCGGAAAACCAAUCAUUGUCGUUUCUCUGAACUACCGUCUCAACAUCUUUGCCUUUGGUGACGGCAAGGGAGGAAGGAAUCUUGCUCUCAAGGACCAGAGGCUGGCGAUUGACUGGGUUCGGAAGUACAUCGCCGGGUUUGGCGGCGAUCCAGAUAACAUCACGGUCGCUGGAGAAAGUGCAGGGGCGGCGUACACUCACGCGCACCUCAUCACCGGCCCGCCAAUAAAGCGAGCCAUCCUUGCGUCGGGGUCCCUCCAUCUCUCAUCCCCAAUGCCACUCGAGUUAGGACAUGGCUUGAUCAAGAGUCUGGAGGACAAGGUCAGAGAACUUGAGCAAAAGUCACUCCGGGAAUGCUCCGUGGGAGCUUUAGUGCGGGCUAUGGAGGAGCUCAACGUGAACAGGAUGUGGCUACAGGAUGAAGAAGAGCUCCGUGACUGGGAGACGAAGCUGGAGCAGGUGGAGGAACUGAUGAUCGGCGAAGUGGAAUACGAAUCCGUAAUCUGGCGAAACGGAAUCGAAACCUUCGACGCGCCUUCAAUAGUCGCCGCAUUCGAAAGCAAGGACCCCAAUUGGGGCACCAAGCUGCGCAAACAGUACCAGAUCGUGGCCGACCGUCCCACGGCCAGCAAACUGGGCGCGCUGGAUUUCGUCAACGACACACGAUUCACGCUCCCGGCAGAGACCCUGGCCGAAAAAGCGACGGCGGCCGGGAAGAAUCGUGUCUAUCGGUACCUGGUCGACGAGCCGAAUCCGUGGCAGGCGUCGGCCCGCGCCCACCACGCGGUUGACUUGAUCUUCCUCUUCGGCGGGUUGGACCUGUCGCACAACCCUGGAGCGGAGGCCGUGGGGCAGGAGAUGCGAAAUCGAUGGAUCCGAUUCAUCAACGGGGAGGAACCCUGGACGUCUUUCUCGUCUGGAAAGAGAAGAUUCGCAUUUGGGCCGUUUGGCGAGAGUAGGGAGAUCGACGAGGCGCAGUUUGCGCUGCGCAGGAGAGCGGCCCAUAUGAAGAUGUUGAGGGAGGCUGGUCCGGGGGUGUAUGGACCGAUUCUGCUCGCUUUGACGGCGGGGAGGAUCAGCUUGCUUAACUAG